ACUGACAGUGCCAGCCUGGAGAGAAUAUACAGAGCCCGCAUGUGGACAACCAUCUCACUCCUUGCACGGACACCACUUGGAUAUAAUGGAGAAUACACAUUGCCCUCGUUUUUUAUUAGAAUACCAAGUCCAUUGGGGAUAUGAAAACAUCAAGUAAAUCUUCUUGACUCUAUGUUGGUCCGGUGGAUGAUUUGAUUUUCUCUCAUUGAAAAAGUUUAAGGUAACACGUAAUAAACUGUCUCUCUAAAGCGGAUUCGGUGCCGGUAAAGCAAUUCGGCGACGGUAAAGCUGAUGUCUUCAUUUGACUCCUUGCAGUUGAUGAUGGUGGAUCUCUCUCGGAUUUCCAAUGUGGAAACCAGCAUCCAAUUAGUUUGCGAUUGAGCGCCUGGAUAGACAGCGCAGAGGCACUUUGGCCAGCAAGCCACUUAAGCGUGUAGCCUACCGGUGGGCAGACGCAUGGUUGGGCGCUCUGCUCUGUAGGCUACAGAGUUCCAUUAAUUCUGAGUGGCAUUUUUACUUUUUUUUACAUUGUCAUUUAAAUUGAACCCAUCGGAUCUGGUUUAUGUGAUCAGAUAAAACUGUACAGUCUGAAUAUAUCAUUUGUAUACAAGUACUUCAUACUCACUCCGGAACGUUAAAUGCAUCGCUGUGUGUUGGACUUUAAUACGGAUACAAUUGCAGGUCUGCAAGGGCCAGAUUUAAGCUUCCUUCAUAGGAACUGAGUCUAAGAUGAAGUUAUGGGAUGUUUUGGCCACGUGUUUGUUGCUCCUGAGCUCCGUCUCCACACGCCCCCUCUACCAAAACCUUCAGCCAGCCAAGAGAGCUCACUACUCGGAUCGGUACAGUGAUUCUCUGUCCCUGUCUGUGGAGGAACCAGAGCCAGAGUUCCAGUCAGAGUCUCACAGCCUGCAGGAAAUCUCCAUGGAAGAUAAAUAUGACAUCACAGGCCCAUAUCCGGACCAGUUUGAUGACGUAAUGGAUUUUAUCAAGGCUACCAUUGGCAGACUGAGGAGAUCAUCCGAGCCCGCCGGAGGCUCAAGGGAAAGGAGGGAGCAGAGAGAGCAGGAGAGACAGAGAGGAGCAGCAAACACGGACCGAGGAGGAGGAGGAGGAGGAGGGAGAGGAGAGGGGAGAGGAGGACGGGCAAGAGGAGGACGCGCGGAGAAGAAGAAGGGUCGGGGGCGAGGGGGCAAAGGGAGGAGCAGUGAAAGAGGGGAGCAGCGGACGAAGCCGGUUGAAGGCCGUGGCUGCUUGCUAAAAGAGGUCCAUCUCAACGUGACAGACUUAGGUCUGGGCUACCAGACCAAAGAGGAGCUGAUCUUCCGAUACUGCAGCGGCCCCUGUUCAGACGCAGAGACCAACUAUGACAAGAUCCUCAACAACCUCACCCACAACAAGAAGCUGGUCAAGGACAUACCUUCCCGCACCUGCUGCCGACCAAUCUCCUUUGACGACGACCUGUCGUUCCUGGAUGACAACAACGAGGACUACCACAUUCUGCAGAAGCAUUCCGCCCGAAAAUGUGGUUGUGUUUGACUCUGGGAGAGAUGAAAACGAGAGAGAAAGGCAAAGUGCUGACAGACAGAAAUGAAGCGGGCAGUGACAUAAAGCCUCUCGGAGGCUGGCACUGCCUUUUCAAGGGAAGGAACACAGUGGAAAAUAACAGAACGUGAGACAGAUAGUCCACUCCAGUGGUGUCUUAGGACCCAUGGCCAGUGUUAGCGUGUCCUGUCCUACUCCUGAGAAGCUGCAAAGGGGUGAACAGGGAUGGUGUAGUCCCCAAACCUCCAGUGAUUUAAGCUGAUCCAGUGGAGAAGGGACUCCUCUAUGUUCUAAUGCCAGUUGAUGACUGACAUUAAAUUACAUUGGAAUUCAGUGUAACAGCCCAUUAAAGAUACUUUGUCAAUUCAGCUCAGUAUUCACUUCAUGGUUGGAUCCCGUCCUUGGAGGUCUACAUGGAUACUGUCUCAUUUACCUGUUGAACCAUGCCGUUAGACUCAAAGGCUUGCCUGCAAUGGAGUUGGUGAGACAGAACCAGACAGAGGAAAUCUGGAUAUUGAAAGCUGGUCUGUUCCUCAAAACGUCAGAUUCUCCUGGGAGCAUCUAUUUCCCCAGGAACGUAGUCAGCUCCUGAGGCUCACAGUGAGAACAGACUUCGUCCUGAUGGGUAUUUUUAGCUGCAGUCCAGUGUGUUCUGGUUCCACUGCACAGACUGGAGCUUAAAGUUUACAUUCACAAUGAACGGGAGAAAAAAAAGUAGAGAGGACUCUUCAACCUGUUGACUGGCUUAGUCCUACAGCAGAGACUGUCUGGUGCUACACACCAAUGUAAAAUCCCAAAUAUUUCAAAUUAUAUAUGAGAUGUAUUUAUUAAGAUUGAACUAAUUUAUUGUUAUUUAUUGCAGUCCAUUUUUAGGAUUUUCCUUAUUUAUUUGAGCUUUGUUUUGUCCUGGAUAGUGCCAAAGCAGAGCAUGUGUUUUCUAAGGGAAAUCAGAUUGUGCUGAAACAACUGGGUUCAAGGUGCAGCCAUAACCAAUCAAACUCAUCCUUUUGUUUCCAAACGCUGUACAGUUUGUAUCUGAAUUCCAUGGUAGAUAAUCCUAAACCCACUGCCGAUUCCAAAACAUCGUGGAUUUAUGAGAAUAACAUAAGGUAUCAGGUUUAGGGAGGGAAAGCAGAGAGAAAGACAGCCUGGAGUGGACCAAUUUCAACCUUUUUCUAAACAAAAAAAAUCUUAUCUCUGCUUUCCGAUCAUUUUGAAGGAUGCCAGGUUUGAGCGUCUUUGACAGUGUUCCUCAUUUGUCACUAAUGGAAAGCAGAGAGGAUGGAGAGGCCUGGGAUGUUAAGGACUUAGGGCUUGGGAAAGACCAGUCAGCUGCUCCUCACUCCUAACUAUCAAAGUAAAGGGGUAAACAGACUUCUGGCAAAACCAUGGCAUGUUUACAAGGAGCAUUCAAAUCCUGCAUUCUCGUUUUUUAUUUAUUUUUAGGACAGAAUAAAGUCGCACUGCCGGUGGUUAUCCCAGACAGCUGUGCAGCCUUCCCUACAAUGAUACUCCCCACAUUAAAGACUACGUUGAAUUAUAGACAGAAUAACAAAUGGACCUCAGGAGGUACAGGACAGGAUGGUUAUGGGCAGCCUUCAGGACCACUGCUUUCAACACACUUUCAUUCUCUUUCAAAUCACACCAUUUGCAAAGUAAUUUUUGACUGACCGCUUUACAAAAGACCACAAGAAAAUCUCUGAUAUCAUAAUGAAAACCUUGAGGGACUAGACUGUGGAAAAUGGACCCAGUGUCCUUUGGCCAUCACAGUGCAGAAGUUGAUGGUAUGCAUGUAUGCUUGGCUGCCAGGGUCUUAUAUCUCAACCCUUCAGCCUGGUCCUGGCUCUACACCAAGUCUGGGCAAAGGCUUUGUAGUGGUUACUGUCCCAGUAGGCUUUAGCGUUCCUGGGAGUGUCUGUCUCUGUUGUCUCUGCUCUGACACAGGUCUUUCUCACUGAUCUGGGGUUAGUUUGAAAACGAUCCUCUAACAUGCAGCUUAGCCCACUACUCCCACUGGCAAAGGCACCCUGGUGUUUAAAACCAUUUAAGGGAGAUCUGGCUCUGUCACUCUUAGCCAAGCCGACAUACAUGUCUUAGGGCCAGACAGUACAACAAAGAGACGGACAUAGAUUGUGACAUUACUAAAGGGGAGAGAGGGGAGCACUGGGGUAACCAGGCAUGCUCAGUGUGAACACUAUACAGCAUACCAUAAAUCCUCACCCAAAACAACUACUUAACAGAAAAGAACACGAACAGAGGAAUCUUCAAAGCAUUAUUACUACAGUACUAUGCCCUUGUCCAUAUAGAAGAGCGUUUGAGUGAAACCCAGAGAAAGGGAGCCCCAGAACAGGCCUUGAUGUUAGCAUGGAUUAUGGACCAGAGUAUCUGUGCUCACCCAACAGAAACCAAGCCAGCUUUAGCCCCAUAAUCUCCCCCAGCACACAGAACAAAUCCACGGCAUCAAGAUGAAUUUAGGCCAAACACUGUUGGAGAAAGAUCGACCCCUUUAAUCACAGCAUGCUUUUAUCAAUUGGAUCAUCAUCCCCUUUAAUAACUGAUUUCUGUGUAAGCCUUUCCGGCAGCCUCUUGAGCCCUUACCUUUCCGUAUGUUACUUUUAAGUGUGUGAACUGUGUCUGACCACUCCCCCUCCGUCUUCACAUAUGGUUGUUUCCUCAACUGUCAGUGUUCCUUUUCCUGUGUGUUCAUAACGCUGGCAGUUAUUUUGUGAAGGUAAGGUGUGUGUAAAAGCAGAGGAAUCUGCAGUGCCAACACCAGGCAGAAAGGAUAGAUUUUUUUGUUUUCAGACCCAUGUUUGUGUUAUAAUCGGCUGCGAAAGAAAAGGUGUAAUGUUUUGUGUUACUGAACCAAAGCCCUCAACAAACUUUAUUUUUGUACAAUACUCAUUUUAUAACUUUUUACAGAAUUAAACUCAUUUUUAUCAAAAUGUCUGUCUGAUGGCUAUU